GUUUCCGCUAACCUCAGCUCACAUGGAGCCCUCCUCGCUGCCUGCACUCUCGCGGACGCUCUCUCUUGCCAGCACUGCCACGAGCAGCUCCUCGGAGGAUCUCUACGCGUUCAUCAACGAGUCCACCGAGAUCACACGUCGCACGCGCAAGCGUUUUACAAACGCGCAGCUCACCAUGCUCGAGCAGCUGUUUCAUCAAAAUUCGCAUCCUUCGCGAGAGCAGCGCGAAACGGUUGCCAAAUCGGCCAAUAUGGAGGUCAAGUCUGUCACGAUCUGGUUCCAGAACAAGCGGCAGACGGAAAGGAGGACGACCCUCGCGAAUGGACGCGUCCCUCCCCCCGUCAUCAUUAAUACCCACGCCCCUUACCCGUGUCCCCUACCCUCCCCCGUGACUUCGCCGUCAAUGUCGAGCAGCGCAUCGUCUAUUUCGAGCUACUCCUCUACAUCUGUGUCGCGAAGACCGUCUCUGGAUUCUGUUGCUUCGCGCUCUGAGCUACGUGCACCGGCGCCGCGAACACCAUCACGACGCCACAAUCCACGUGCACCUCUCUGGGAAAACAUGCCUUCUUCGCCCGUAGGACCGGACUUCAGCCCUCCUGCUCGCGAAUUCGUGGAAUUUGGACACGAGCGGAAACACGAGAGGAGGCGCACCCUGGAAUGGGCCUGUGCACGAAGCCGGAUGGCGGAGAAGGGGGAUCCUGAACAACUUCCCAAGCUUUCGCAUGAUGAGGACACUGACGUGGAACUUGACGAGGCGGUCACACCUCCCAGUACAUGGGGAGGAGGGGAUGCACGUUGGAACGAAAAGGGAAAGCAAAAAAUAGGGAUUCAGAGCGCCGAGGUCACAGCAACACCCAAAGCACAGACUUCGACGAGCGUAGACGAGGAUACGAUGAAGGCAGCGAUUGCUUUGUCACUACUUAUGCGCGGUUGAGUAGUGACGGACACUUCAAAUUUCUGGAGUUGGGUAGGUCUUGACGAGCCUUUAUAUAAAUAACUUUAAGAUAGGAAAUUUAUUUCUGAUCUGUGCUACAUCCACAAGUAGUCGAGACGUAGUCAUAAGAUGCAAACUGCUCGACGUCCAAGGACAUGCAAAGCGGCCGCAAGUACUAUAAUAGAUUCGCUGAAAGCUGACUCUGAGCGAAUAGCCUCGUCCAACUCAAGUUGCGACGUGCGCCGGCCCUUUCACACUCUCACCAAUACCGCGCUCUACGACAAUGUCCGCCGCCUCCGAAAUCAAGGUCCCCUUCUUUAAAAAGGGCAAGACACGACCGACAACUGCGCGCAAACGGUCUCAGUCCCCCGCACCCAGUGGACAGCCUGUAGCAUCCACGUCUUCUACCACUGUAGUGCAUCCGACGCGCAAGACAGGCAACAGUGUCCUUAGCGCAGGUUCCAAGCGUACCACGUCGCAGCGUGCGGAUGAUAACGACGUAGAGGACGAAGAUGAGAAUGAGCGGAAGAGAAGGGAGGAUUAUCAAGGGCCGGCGGUGAACUGGUCCUCUGCUGGUAGCAAAUCGCAUAUCGCUGCAGCCCUGGAAAUUAUCGCCGGGGAUGAGGCUGAGGAAGUCCUCGCUAAAAGGCGACGGCUCGCUGAUGUCGAAGGCGAUGCCGACGCAGGUGGAGCCGAUGACGGGAAGUACCACGGGCAGAAAGGUUAUACAACGCAUUUGAAGAAGAGUUCGGAAGUGCCGAAGGCCAUGCGAGUCGGCCCUCAACGCAGCACAAGCACAAUCCGCACAGUUACAAUCGUGGACUACCAGCCAGACGUGUGUAAGGAUUAUAAGGAGACAGGGUAUUGCGGCUUUGGGGAUACUUGCAAGUUCUUGCAUGAUCGAGGGACAUACCUUGCGGGGUGGCAGCUCGAUAAACUCGCCGAAACAGCUGCCAAAGAUGCUGCUGCAGGCGGUGACGGGGACUCCUCAGACUCCGACGACGAGGACAUUCCAUUUGCGUGCUUGAUCUGCCGCAAACCGUACACAGAUCCAGUCGUCACACGCUGUGGCCAUUACUUCUGUUCUGCAUGUGCAAUCAAGCGCUUUGCGAAGACCCCCAAGUGCAUCGCAUGCGGGGCGCCAACGGGCGGAAUAUUCAAUCGUGCAGAUAAGGUGUUGGAAAAGAUUAGGAAGAAGAAGGGGUCCGGUGGGGACGGCUCGGAAGACGAAGCAGAGGAAGAGGGUGUAGAUGUAGAGAUUGGCACCUAACGAGUGCCUUUUACACCAUCACGGUCUUGGCUCGCACUAGAAGAAACCAUAUCUUUGUGCUGAAAGAUGCAAGUUGCAAGCUACAUCUAUAUUCUUGUUAAUUACCAGAUGCACAGUGCACAGACUGAAAGACUUAACAUCUCCGAUCAAAUUUCAUAGUGAUCACAUCACGUUAUGCGCAUUGCAUCACGCAGCGCUUCUCACCAGCACAUUAAGGAUGUCUCUAGCGAAACUUACGUCGGUCUCAACGCAGACGCUUUCAUUACUCUUAGAGCGUCAACGGAGUCAAACUUUACCUUCUUAUUCGGACGAUACGGCGCCCCCACCACCGCCAAAAUCUCAUCUCGAACAGAUUGUACGAAACCUCAACUCUCUUGGAAGUGGGAUACUGGCGCUCGAGGCCAAGGAAGGGCCGUCAGAAGCGCUCACACUACUCAGGAAUCAGCAUGAACGUAUGCGCGGGAUGUUAGCUCCCGGUGAAGAUGAGGAUGUCACAAGCUUGGAACCUGAAGGGAAUUUGCGCGCGAAACUCAUACCAUCGUCUCCUCCUGAACCAAUUUACACGCCCUACCAAGAUGAUCCAGAUGCUGAGCCCGCGACUAUGCUUCAAACUCAACGACUCAUGAUGGAUCAACAAGACAAUCAGCUCGACCUUCUAUCACAUUCAAUCAAUCGACAGCGCGAUAUAUCCCUUCAGAUAAACGAGGAACUGGAUGUUCACACUGGACUACUUGAAGAGCUAGACACCGAUUUGAACCAUACCGAGACCAGGUUGGGUGGCGCUCGAAGAAGGUUAGAUAGGGUCGCGCAAGGAGCCAAGAGGAACGGCUCGACGGUCACGAUUGCAGCACUCAUCUUGAUUCUCCUUAUUCUGAUCAUAGUCUUCAAGACAUGAGUAUCCUAGACUUUUCUCGCGUUCCGAAUAACACAUCCAUGGAUAUGUAAUUAUACAGCGAUAUAUACUCAUUCUCAUCGUGUCAAGCCUAGGACACCCAAUAUCGUUCUUCCGAUGACGCUGACUCCAUCGUUUGGCCAGCCUGACCUCCGUAUCGCAUCUUGAGCCGUUUCGGGGGUGAUUACACCAGACUGGGCGCGUGCAUAAACUAGUUUAGUAACAACAGCUUCCGUGAAUUCCGGAUGCCCCUGCACUGUAAGUAUGUGGACCCGCGAGAGAUCCAGAGAACUGGGAGGUUCCAAUGUGGUGAACCGCACCAUACCCUGAUUCUUCGAAACAUCGGUCGAGCCCAACAGGUGGAACGUCUCCGGUACUUCGGGAACAUGAUCCUGGUGCAUUUCCUGCAGAUGCUGGAUGGUGCUUGUGUGAGAACCGUUAUGUCCAUCGAGAGAAUCCGCAGCAUACCAGGGUAGCGGAUUCGACCCUGAAUAAGGACUGGCCCAGCGGGGUCAAUGUUAUGGGUGUUGGCCCAACCUCCCAUCUCCCUCCGUUCUUGACACAUUCACCUCCCAACGCGCGUGCCACAAUUUGAUGCCCGAAACAGAUCCCUGGACUCCAGAUGUAAUUUCGCUCGCACCCGCAAUCGAAGCUUGUGGCGUACCGAAUAUUUUGAUUCUGGCGUGCAUAGUUGCCGUGCGGGCCACGAAGUCGACCAACUUGUUGAUCCAGGGAAUCUCUUCGUAGGCAGAUGCCUCUGACCGGUAGCAUGAGAUCCUCAGAAUCGUGUGAGGUUCGCAGAGGACUUACUGGAUCCUGUGAUGAUAAUCCCGUCAUAUUGCUCCAGUUGCUCUGCAGUCGGAUAGUUCAUCUUAUGCACGACGUCAUACGCGUCAAUUCUGCAUUUAGUCUGGAUAUCGUCUAUCUGUGCUUGCAUCCCAGCAUUGUGCAGCAGAUCGGUGAAGAAUACGUGAUAGUCGCCAUGUACAGACAGGACCGAGGCCAUCGGAGUAUCACAUAUCAGGAGGGCGAUGGACUUGGACAUGUCGCAGGCCCAGUACUUGUCAGAAGAGACUGGAGAGAGAAGGAGACUGGAUUAGUGCUGGGCUAGCUAUGAAUUAUUUCAUAGCAUAGCAAUUCAUAGCAUAUUUUUAGCAUGCUAAAUAUCAACCUAGCCAGUCGGGAGGCUGAACCACGUGCUAUGAAUUGCUAAUAAUCAAUUUUCGAUCCUAUGAUAACGCAGUGAUAACUUGGUGAUAAGGAGCUGAAUCUACAUCAAUUAGAAGUCUGACAAUCACUGUCAGAAAUGACACUCCGGAACAAGGCGGAGAAUCUUUUUUCUGUAUACUUCUCGUCAUGCCGUUGCCUCCAGAAGCUCUCGGAGCACUGGUGAUAGCUCGCAGAGCUUACAUUGAGAGCGAAGAUUUCAGUAUUCCGGAUUUCAUAAAAGCUAUCGAGCUUCACACGGAAGAGAAGAGUGAAGAACGCACAGCAUGGUUCUCACACGUGGAUGUUCUCACCGAUGCGAUGGAGAACGGGACAGAUCUGCCUCCAGUUCCCGGUGUGAUUGACACCCCAAAGCCCAAAAAACGCGCGACAAAGAAGGCACCAGUCCCAACUGCCACAAGCCUAUCGGACGCUUUGUCGGGGACCAACGCGGCCCAGAAGCGCACCCAGAUUCGCGCGCAACGCAUCUUGGAUGACCAAGGUGCUGCACCUGUAGGAGAAACCGGUCCAUCACGAGGGAAGAACGUGAAGAAGUCUAAAGGUGCAGGAGCGCCGCGCGACACAUUGGUCGACGAUUUGGUCAUCGAAGAGAUUGAGCUGCAGCCCCAGGGCGUAGGGAAGGAGCCGAAGAAGAAGAUAUGGAUCUACUGCGUUGCUUGUGACAAUGUAACACCAUUCCGGAACCCAAAGCGUAGCCGGAAACACGCGCUGGAGUGCGAGGUAAGUGUAUUCACGUUGGUGGCUGGUUCCGUUCUGAUCUACUUGUUCUUUGAGAUGUUGAAGCAGACAUUUCCGAACCUCUACAAACGAGUCUGCGAAGACAAUGCCAGCAGAGCGACGGGAAGCCUUCCUCGCGUCCGUACAAAGAGCAAGGUAGCUGCGGUCUCGCCGGUUGCCGCUCCUGGAUUGAGUGAAGACACGCCAAUGGAGGUCGAUUCCGGGUCGGAAGCUACAAGCGAUGACGAGGAUGUCAACGAAGAUGCGGCUCCAUCUAACAAGGGCACGAUAAAGGAGUAUUUCGAGCCUGUGAAGAUGACCGAAGUACGUCAGGCGGCAAUCGACCUUGCUCUCUUCCAAGCCGUCAUCUGUUGUGCGCUCCCCUUCUCCUUCGUUGAGAAUCCGUGGCUCGUCAACCUCCUCCUUGUUAUGGUCCCCAACUACGUCACUCCUGAGCGCAGCGCGUUCUUCACUCGACAGAUUGCAGAUCAAGUCGCACUGUUCGUUGUGCAGCUCAAGGCAUUCCUGUUGCACCGGUACUUUCUCACUUUAUCGCUGGACGGAUGGAGCAGUCGAGGGAAGGAUGAAAUCUAUACGUUCCACACAACACUCCCCAGUCGGCGUUCCAUCUUCACCCUUGGCCACGUCUUCAAAGGGGUUUCUGUGACUGCCGAAGCCCUGUUUACUGUCGUGAAGGUGCAGAUCUUUGGCGUCUAUGGUGUGCACGCCUAUAGUGCCGUUGUUGGUGAUGGUGGAAGUAAUGUCCGUGCAUUGAAGAGAGAUAUUGCGCACGAGUUCGCUUGGAUCCUGAACAUCUAUGACCCCUGUCAUCUCCUCAAUCUCUUCCUGAAGGACAUUGGCAAGCUCUUCAAAGUGGAAUUGAGCAUUGUAUCAGGCAUCUCGAACUACUUUUCCCACUCAAACGCAGCCACAUAUGCAUUGUCCGUUGAGCGCAAGGCUCGUGGUAUCAAGGGUGGGAUGAAGUCAGCGUCUGACACUCGAUUUGGCACGUCCUUCAUCCAAUCUGUUGCUCUCCGUCUCUGUUUCCCGGCUAUUGUUGCAUGCAUUCAGGCCGGUACUAUCGCAUUCACUACCAAAGCGACCAAACGCUUCAUUCCUUAUUUCGAUCCUGACCAUCUCGAAUACCCAGGGUUUCAAUCGAGACUCUCUGCACUUAUCCAGCUCCUCGAGGCUGGUGCCAAUGGAAUCACGACAUUGGAAGGCCAGAAUGUGACCUGCGCCGAUGUGUUCUAUGUCUGGGUCACCAUUGCCUGGCAUCUCGAACGGCUCGUCGGCAGCACAACGAAGGGCUUUUCAAAAUAUCGCUCACAGAUUAUCACCAUUUAUAAUGCUCGCUUUGAGCAGAUGAUGACCGAAUCAUCACACAACCUCUUCCUUCUUGCAUACUACCUUCAUCCCCUCUAUUUCACGCACGGCGGCUUGAAGCUUUUCCUUCCGGAUCUCCGUGAAGGGGAAAAAUACUCGAGUGACAAGUGGACGGAUCUAUUCCGCACCCUCCGUCUCUCUGCUCGAGCGAUUCUGCAUGGAGAGCAGCUUCGCUGCAACAUGGAAUCAAAAUCUGAAGCGAGCCGACUAACUCAACAGCUCGUUCGAUGGUUGUGUGGUCAUGCUCCCUUCCAUAAACGGGCCUAUAUCACUCGUGAUGACAAGCCAUUAGACUACUGGAAGGCCGUGAAGAAGGACUCAAAUGCAGAUGUUCUUGCGACUGUCGCAAUCAUCCUCUUCUCGAUCUCACCUUCUGAGAUAUGCGACGAACGGACAGCAUCCCUUCUGGGAUGGAUGAACGCUGCUCGUCGGAGCUCUAUGACCGCCGAGAACCUUGUUCAUUCUGCUCAACUUUCACAGUGGUACAAGCACGGUCUGUCCGAGGGCAACUACCAGCACACAUCGACUGCAAACAUUCGUGUUUCCAAUGUCGACUUGUCCACUGAGACCACCGUCACACUCUCUGCACCCACCCUCAUGGAUUUGUUGAACGACCAGAAUGUAGAUCCGACUGUAGAAGACCAGGAAGCGCUCGAGAAGAUGCUCUUUGAGCAGGAAGACCCGUUUGAUCUUGACGAAUGCGACCGUGUUGAUAGCACUGUCAAUUCUGAGCCCGCUCAUGUGGCCCCCACCCAGACUCCUUUCAUCACUCGAAUGUCGACUCGCUGGGCUGUCACCGACUUUGUUCGUCUUGACAGUCCUGCUCUCGGCAAGCUCAUUAUUCCGAGCGCAUCCCCGGAGGUUGCUUCCGUACGCCCCAAGAGUCCGGAGGUCAGCGAGCAUACCGCUGUGAAUCAGCCCUGGGAUCCAAAUGCUGAAGACGACGACUAGAUACACACUUACUAGACCCAAAGAACGCAUACUAGAGCCCAUUAGAGCCGUAGAAAUCGAUAUUUUGACGCCGCUAAAAAUCAAUGCUAUAAUCAAUUCAUAGCAAUGCUAUAAAGCCUAGCAACGGGGUCGGGUGAUCAUAGCGGCUAAAAAUCUAUCCUAGCAAGUCGAAAAAAAUUCUUAGCCCAGCACUAGACUGGAUGCGGCUUUGAUUUGAUUGACGAUGACAGGAGCUUUGAUAGCGCGCCACCACCAUCCGCGAAUGCGCACACAUGAUUAUUGUCUGAUCCGCGAGAGGCCGACUUCGGGCGGGUCAUCAUCCGCGCCGUACAAUGCUAGUUUCCCGCUGCCUCUUCAGUCCCGCGAAUAUGGAUUCCGUGCAACAUAGGAAGUGUCAUCAUCAAAUACGUCGUCACGAUGGCAUGUACACAUCGUUCGGUCACCUUCCCCAACCUUCGGAAUCCGUAUAUUAUGUGGGAUCAAUGCCUAAGCCAAGCUGUGUAACACAAGCCUCGCUUGCAUCUCGUCCUCCACCAUCACCAUGGAAGUCGACCACGAGCAACACAACUCCGACGAAGACAUGCCUGAACUCCAGUCUGUUUCCAAUUCCAGCGACUCGGACUUGGAGGAACGGCGUCAAGUGAUGACAGCUGUCGUAGACGAUGACGAUGAGGGCGACGUCUGGACCGAUGAGGACCACAAUGAUAACGGCCCUAUACCGCCUCUGGAGCCUACUGGCCUUCGCAGACAACGUGCACAAGAUGACGAUCAGGAUCAGGACCGCGACCGACGACCCCCGUCCCAGCGAGUCAAUGCACCUCCUCCCGAAGACAAUGGGACUACUGCUGCCCCCGCUCAACCUCAGGAUCCGCCACCGCAGACGCAACAGUCCCCAUUCUUAAUGGCUCAGCUAUUCACCGUUCUAGCCCAAGGCUUCCGUGCGAACGCAGAUGUGCUGUUCAGAGCUGCUGCAGCACCGGCGAAAGAUAACGCCGAGAACGCGAAACGGAUCAUCGCGGGCUUGGAGCGGGUGCCCGACGGUCUUGUACGUCGUCUGGAACGCCUCAGUGACAUAGGGCACAGCGGACCCCUAGACGACCUGGGCGCCGUUGGCGGGGACAGCGGAUGUGCAAUAUGUUGGGACCGGCUGCUUGAUGGUGACGGUGCCGAGUUUGCGGCCAGUGGUCCGUCGGCGGAAACGGCGGCGGACGACACUCCUGCGGACGUCGCACCACCCGAAGGCGUCAUUGAGCUUCCCUGCGCCCAUGUCUUCCACGCAGCAUGUCUGGUGCCUUGGUUCUCUCGGCGUGGGCAAACGACCUGCCCUACGUGUCGCUUCGAUCUAGACCCGAAAGGGAUCAUCUGGUUCGGCGGUCGAAAAGGACGCGGUCACGGGCCGAGAUUCUUUCCCUUUGACUUGGACGUCCCCGGUGGGCCUGCAGAUGGUGCCCGUGCCGAGGUGCCGGAAGGAUUCCAAGUUCCUGUGGGCUUUGAGGAAGUAGACGAUGGAAAUGACGAGAUUGAGCCCAUGUUCGCGUUUCCCAUAGGAGGAAUGCCUGGGGAUCGUGUUGUAGAUGACGACAUGCCGCCACUCGAGCCUAUUGCCGUGGCAUCACUCCCUCCGCCACCUGCUUCGACUACAACAGCAAGCGAUACCCCUCCAACAGCGCAAGAGACUCUGGCAGCAGCGACGCCUGUUCCCCAUCCAGCUCCGGCACCCCAUGGAGCAUUUACUGUGGGGUUGGACUUUGUAUUCCGAACCGUGGUUCCAACUAAUGGCCCAGCGGGGGGAACUACUCCUCCAGCAGGAGUGCCAAAUCCCAUGUCAGAUAUGAUGAACAAUCUUCUGCUCCGUGGCGCUGUCGGACUGAACGGGGGUCGUCUACCAGUCAACUUCGGUGCCCCAUCGCUGGCGCAGUUGUUCCCGAAUGUCGCAGUUCCCCAGAAUGCAACCACGGCGACCGCGCCUCAGCCAGCCCAACCAGAGCAGCAGCCUCAAGCAGAACCUCAAGCGCAGGGUGCACCGCCGCCGCCCAAUAUAUCCCCUGCUCAAUCAUUCGCGAAUUUCCUGAACUCUCUGGGAGUGGGCCAGAACGGGACGGGCCUGCCAUUCACUGUCGACGGGGCUGAUUUCCAGUUCGCUAUUGGGACCGGGCCUCCCCCGUGGGCCCCGAGUGUCCCCAGCCACAUGCCAUCUCAUUUGCAUGGACCCACCGAAGAACCGAUAGAAGAAGAAGAAUGGAAUGCUCCUGCUGGCCCAGGACUGACACUGCGACAGAGAAUCGAACGGCGGGAGCGGGAAGCGGGACUGCGCUGCUGGGAUGCCUCGUGUGGUGUCGGACCUUCGGACGACGAUCCGUUUGUCGAGGUCCCGGAAUCGGCGCGUAAGACGAUCAGCCUCGGCUGUGAGCACACGUUCCAUCCGUCGUGUCUGGUGUCGGCCCAGCGAGCCAGUCGCGGGUGGCGCGAGCCCGGCGCCGAGGAUGCGACGGUCCAAGUGGCCUGUAGCGUCUGUCGGGCGGAGACAUCCGUCACGAAAGACGAGUGGCUCUCGGGGUGCGUCUUGCCUCUCGAUUGAACGCGAUGCAAAUGUACUAUCCCCGCUACCUAGUCAGUAUUAAACGUCAGUAUUAAGCGCAUGUAAUCACUAUAUUGUAUCUCAUCAUUGAUGUCAUCAUCUACCGCAUCUUGUCUCGCGCCAAAUGGCAGCACAUCUUCCGCUCCCCAUUCCCGAUCUGCGCUUCGAGCAGUCCUUUCUCAAAAGCGUGCGGCAGCACUACCGCGUCGUUUCUGCUCCAGAAGAGAAGACCGAGUCCAAGGCGUUGGCGCUACAAAUCGAAUGGCCGUCCAUUGCGUGGAUCACGCUUAAGAGCCAGGUCUUGAGUCCGUUCGUGCAGGGUGCCGUCUUGGCGAUUCUUGGCACGUUCUUCGAACCCGCGCGCGCGCUGCUACCCUCAAUGCAAAGGCUGCGACUGCAACCCGAGGGCGGGAUGGUGCGGUGGUUGCGGACAUGGGUCAAAUCAGUGGGCGUGACGAGUGGUGUACGAAAUUCCAAUUGAUCUACAUAUUCGUGUCUACAUUAUUGCUUUACAUCGCACAUAC